AAAUGCGUGUUAGAAUUUUCAAAACUAACAUAAUUAUUAAACGCCUCACCAACGCGGCUCUGAUAAACGGGAUCGGAAAAUUCCCUAUUUGCUUCGAUCUCUUACCUUCCGAUUGGACCGAGGAUUCUGAAUCUGGUUAUAGCGAUUCGCCUGGUUCCCAUCGAUCAUUUCUUUCGGAUUAGGUUUCCAUUCUGUAUUUUAAUGGCGUCCAGUUCGUUUCGUGGCGGUAGUUCCUUCUACAACAGCAACGCCGCCGCAUAUCGCUCCAGGGAGGGGCUUAGCACGAGACCAGCGGCUGCUUCCGAUGAAAUUCAACUUCAGAUCGAUCCAAUGCAAGGGGACUUGGACGACGAGAUCGUUGGUCUCCACAGCCAAGUUAAAAGGCUUAGAAAUAUUGCUCAAGACAUUGGGACAGAAGCAAAGUCUCAGCAAGAUUUUCUAGAUCAGUUGCAAAUGACAUUGAUUAAAGCUCAAGCGGGGGUGAAGAACAACGUAAGAAGAUUGAACAAAAAAAUCAUACAGAAUGGGUCAAAUCACGUCGUCCAGGUUGUCGUAUUUGCGUUGAUCUGUUUCUUUAUAGUAUAUAUGUGGUCGAAAAUAUCCAGAAGGUGAAUGUUUUUCCUCAUUAUGAAUGGAAUAGCAGUUUGCUGGCCAGCGAAGAGGGAAAAGAAACAAUAAUGAUGUGUUUAAUAUAUAAUCACUGUCACAUCUCAGGUUAGAAUACGGGACAGUGAAAAUAGGCUUUUGUUUUUCUCUCGUAGGAACUUGAGUAUACUUUCAUACAUUGUAAAGAUUUGUAUUGUGCAUCAUAACUAUAGUAUUCGUUAAUCCAGGCCUGAGGUUUCUAAUUUC